AUGGCUUCAAAGGAUUUGGGGAAGCUUUUGCGUUCUUCGAAGUUUGCACAACUGGUGCCUUCCAAAGGUCGACUUUUGGAAGACACCCAGAAAGCACAUCCAACACAUCAGAUUAUAGAAGCUCCUCCAUCCUCGUUCCACAGAAGGAACUUUGGACUCAAGUACAACUUGCCUGAAAAAUUAAAAUCAAGAUACAUUGUCGUGGAAAGCGUUGAUAAUGAAGAUGGUUUGCCCGAGUUUGAGAACUUGAGUGGGUUUUAUUGGAAGAAGCUGCGUUUCCAGGAGAUGAACAUCCCAAUUUCGUCUGCUGGAGGCAAGAACCCUUUGUUCUUCGACAAGACUUUACAUCCGUUGGAUCCAAACGAUGCCCUAGGAAUUGUGCAGACCAACGAAAUAUCAAAAUUGCUGAAUAUUCUGCCUGGAACGCCCGAAAAGAAGUUCGCGCAAGUGCAGAACAAGCUGUCCACUUUGAGAAGGCCGUUUUUCAAGUGGCUGGCCAAGGCUCACCCCGACAAAGUUGCCAACCAAGACCUGUUGAAUGAGGUGAUAGAGUUCUUGAAGUUGCACCCUCAACUUUUGGAAGUUCCUGAGUUGCCUCUCAGGAAGUACGCAACGGAUCCCGCUAAAGGCUCAUUGAGACUGGCCGGAACCGGUGGACUCAGUUAUAAGCUCAAGGGAAGACUCACCAACUCUCCAGAUGGAAUACAGACAGCCAAGGCUGUUCCAGGUAGGUUUUUGGAGGCCUCGAGCAUCUACAGACCAAUGGCAGUGGGUGGUUUCGUGGGCAAUGCUUCUUCUAGAGCGCAUGGUGCUGCUUAUGCUAAGACAGCCGACAUGGACCCAGCGAGACACAUCAGGGAGACCAAGCUGGCUCUCAAUGUGACAAGAGCCACCUUCGACAGGGCAAACAGAAACAAGCUGACUCUGGAAGUUGACCCACUAAAAGCGAGCAGCACUACAUCUACGUUCCAUCCCUUUGGCAAGUCCACCGGGCCAAAGUCCGACUCGGAAGCAAACUCCAUUGUCUCAAUCAUGUCUUUACUACAGACUGCCAGACCAAAGAAAGACUCACCUCAGGAUAAAUAG